AUGAUGUAUGUAAAAUGGGUAUUUCCCGUAUUCUGGACGGGGGUGCGAAAAAAUGGCCUAGAUGCGGACGAUAUGUUCCGGUGUUCACGACAUGACGAGUCGCAGCGCAUUGUCCAGCGAUUGGAAAGAAACUGGAAUCUGGAGCGCGAGAAACAGACACCUCGAUUCUGGAGGGCGCUGUUCCGCACGUACGCCUCCUAUUAUAUAUUACCGCUUACUGAGUGUGUAAUACGUAUCGGACAACCAUUGCUAUUAGGGUUUGUGAUUGACUUUUUCAGUAAUACCGGGGGAGUAACGUAUCUUCAGGCAUGUCUGGCCGCCGGUGGUGUGUGUUUCUGCUCCGCCCUAUUCAUUACAUUACAUCACCCGAACCUCGUGCUGGUUAUGCGUAUGGGUAUGAGACUAAGGAGCUCAUGUUGUACAUUGAUGUAUAAAAAGUCACUAAAACUGAGCCGCGCGUCGAUGGGCAAGACAACAGUCGGUCAAAUUGUGAACUUAAUGUCCAACGAUGUAAAUAGAUUUGACGAGUUUUCCAUAUUUGUCAGUUAUUUCUUCAUAGCGCCCAUACAGACGGCUAUAACCGUGUAUAUAAUGUAUAUCCAUUUGAGUUACUGGUGUUUUGUAGGCGUUGUACUGUUGCUACUAUUCAUACCGUUUCAGUCAUUUAUGGGCAAACAGUUUUCAAAAGUCAGAUUAAUGACCGCGCAGUUAACAGACAAUCGACUUAGGCUAAUGAGCGAGAUCAUUUCCGGUAUGCGAGUCAUUAAAAUGUAUUCGUGGGAACAGUCGUUUGCCGAUCUCGUGGCUGAGGCCCGAAAGAGCGAGGUACGUCGCAUACGAAUGGCAUGUUUUCUAAAAGCGAUCAAUUUGUCGGUGUUUUUUGUGGCCUCACGUAUAAUACUAUUCGCAUGUUUUAUAACAUACGUACUGACGGGUAAUGUGUUGACCGCCAAAGCGGUGUUCGUAACGAUGGCUCUGUUUAACACAUUGCGGAUCACAAUGACGUGGCUCUUCCCACAGGCAAUUGCCCUUGGUGCAGAGCUAUUGGUCUCAUGUCGCCGCAUACAGACUUAUCUCGAGUUGGAAGAAAUGGAUUUAAAAUCAUUGAAAUUGAAUGAAAAUGAAAUGCAAUUACGAGCAAAACAAUCGCCAGAAUUGAACAUCAAUAGCAUUACCGCCAAAUGGAGUGAUGACAGUCCGCACCCAAACCUCCAGAAUAUAUCCGUUCAUUUGAGACCCGGAGACCUGUUGGCUGUGAUCGGGCCCGUAGGCGCUGGAAAGAGCUCAUUAUUGAUGACAAUUUUGAAAGAACUGCCGGUUCUGUCUGGAAGUGUGGAAACGGUGGGAUCGAUAAGUUAUGCCUCUCAGGAGCCCUGGAGUUUUAAUAAUAGUGUCCGAAAUAAUAUACUCUUUGGUACCGAAUAUAACGAAUCCCGAUAUAAGCGAGUGGUAGAGGUGUCCGCUUUGGAGCGAGAUUUUCAAUUAUUCCCGUUCGGAGACAAGACAUUAGUCGGUGAGAGAGGGGUAUCGCUAUCGGGGGGACAGAAGGCCCGCAUCACGUUAGCCAGAGCACUGUACCGAAACUCAGACAUCGUAUUAAUGGACGACCCGUUGAGUGCUGUCGACACUAGUAGCACUGUACCGAAACUCAGACAUCGUAUUAAUGGACGACCCGUUGAGUGCUGUAUUGCAAUGAUUGUUAUAAUUAUGAUUACAAAUAAAUGUAUAGUCGACUACUUGUGCGACAAAAUCCGUAUUCUAGUCACACAUCAAAUCCAAUUCAUACGAAAAGCGACACAAAUAUUGGUUUUGAACGACGAGGGAAAGUGUCUGGGAUUGGGAUCCUAUGAUGAGCUCCAGUCCCGGGGCUUAGACUUCAUGUCUAUUCUUAAGGAUCAGGAGAAGGAAGCGGACGAUAAGGCAGUCGCACAGCAAAGGGAUCUAAUUGUGCGGACAAUAUCUGCAAAUACGGCCGACGGGAACGAAGGAUGUGAUGACGAGUCCAGAGUUGAUGAGCCUAUGAUUGCGCCACAAAUAUGCGAAGAAAACCGAGAAAUUGGUUCCAUUGAAAGGCGGGUGUAUUGGGAGUACGCAAAGGCCGGCGCCGGACCCCUACUGCUUAUGGUUACGCUUAUGGCUACAAUUAUAUCGCAAAAUAAGACAUCCGAACAAAUUGACCAUGAUCAACAGAAUAAGGAUGUUAUAAUCUACUCAUCACUAAUCGCAGCCCUAUUUGCGACGGCACUAAUCCGAGUGAACACAUGGUAUAUGAUGUGUAUGCGGGCAUCGGUUAAUCUUCACAACAGUAUAUUCUCUACUUUAUUACGAACUCCCAUAUCAUUCUUUGACAACAAUCCCGUCGGUCGUAUAUUAAACCGAUUCACUAAUGACAUGGGAACUGUUGAUGAGAUGCUUCCGUCAAUUAGUUAUGAGCUAAACAUGUGCAUAACUUCAGUAAUAGGUAUCGUUGUUGUGGUCUCUAUAGUGAAUCCCUACCUUAUAAUUGCGGCCUUGUUUUUGAUCAUGGUUGGUUUAUUGGUGAGAGUGGUUUACAUUAAAUCAGCGAGAGAUAUACAAAGGCUCGGUGGUGUGGCUAAAAGUCCUAUAUUUAGUCACGUAAGCACAACACUAAAUGGGUUGGCCAGUGUCCGGGCCUAUGGAACACAGGCAGAGUUUGAGCGCCAGUUUAGUAUUUACCAGGAUGAUCAUACGGCCAUGUGGUUUAUGAAAUUAUGUACACAACGUGUAUUGGCUAUUGUUAUGGACUGGUUUUGUGUGGUUUAUAUAGUGGUGGUUAGCGUAGUAUUGAUGGUGUUUUAUGAGAAUAUUGGUGGUGGAAGUGCUGGACUGGCCCUGUCCUCAGCUCUAAUGUUGACCGGAAUGGCUCAGUGGGGGGUCCGGCAGUCAGCGGAGUUAGAAAGUCAGAUGACUUCAGUCGAGCGCAUCAUUGAGUACUCAAGACUACCACAAGAGGCGGCCCUCACAGCACAUGAUAGCCAUAAACCCCCUCCCGAUUGGCCACAGAAGGGACAGAUAGAGCUCAAGGAUAUGAGUUUGUGUUACGAGGGAUCAGACAAACCGGUGCUCAAGAACUUGAGUUGUUUCACAUUUACGGUGCCGUAUCUGAUUAUAGCGCCCAUACAGACAACAAUUGCCAUAUAUAUAAUGUACGGAUAUUUGAGUUACUAUUGUUUCGUUGGCGUUGGACUAUUGGCCCUAUUAAUACCAUUUCAGGCAUUUAUGGGCAAACUUUUCUCUAAACUCAGGUUUACAACGGCACAGUUAACUGACAAUCGUCUAAAAUUAAUGAAUGAGAUAAUCACUGGAAUGCGAGCCAUUAAGAUGUAUGCCUGGGAACAGUCAUUCGCCCGACUUGUGGCCACCGCACGCAAGAGCGAGGUGGGUCGUAUUAGAGUUGGAUGUUUUCUAUAUGCCAUUAAUUUGUCCAUAUUCUACGCGGCCUCACAUAUAAUACUAUUCGCUGUAUUCAUAACAUACGUACUGACGGGNCGCGGCCUCACAUAUAAUACUAUUCGCUGUAUUCAUAACAUACGUACUGACGGACUAACAAUGACUUCAAAAUUUCCGGACGCUAUACAAGACGUGGCAGAAAUGCUGGUCACCUGUCGGCGCAUACAAACAUUUCUAGAGUUGGAUGAAAGGGAUGUAAAUUCAGGCAAUAAAACUAAUGUUUUAACGAAAAGUGCGAAAAAUGGUAAACAAUUGCCUGAAAUUUUUGUUAAUAACAUAACCGCCAAAUGGAGUGAUGAAAGUCCGUUUCCAAAUCUUCAUAAUAUAUCUUUUAAUUUAAAACCGGGAGAUCUGUUGGCAGUCAUCGGACCGGUUGGCGCCGGAAAGAGCUCAUUAUUGAUGACAAUUCUGGAAGAAUUACCGCUUCUGUCGGGAAAUAUAGAAACGGUGGGAUCGAUAAGCUAUGCCUGUCAAGAGUCCUGGAGUUUCAAUACUAGUGUUCAAAAUAACAUACUCUUUGGUACCGACUAUAAUGAAUCCCGAUAUAAACGAGUGGUAGAGGUGUGCGCUUUGAAGCAGGACUUUGAGUUAUUCCCGUUCGGAGACAAGACAUUAGUCGGUGAGAGAGGAGUACAGCUAUCGGGGGGACAAAAGGCGCGCAUCACGUUAGCCAGUAGGAUGUCGGGAGCCGGCUAA